GCCGCCGCCGGGAGAAGCCAAGCGCGUCCCGUCGGGGAGCGGGGCGGAGCGGAGCGCUGCGCUGCGUUGCGUGCGGUCACCGGCCGGGAGGUGCUGAGGGACGUGGGCUGGCGGGCUGCGGCGGCGGUAGGCCGGCGGUCGGACCGGAUCCAGCUAUGGGAUACGGCAGGCCAGGAGCGCUUCAGGAAGAGUAUGGUGCAGCACUAUUACAGGAACGUACACGCUGUCGUGUUCGUGUACGAUAUGACAAACAUUGCCAGUUUUCAUAGUCUGCCGUCGUGGAUAGAGGAAUGCAAACAACACCUCCUCGCCAACGAUAUACCACGGAUUCUUGUUGGAAAUAAAUGUGACCUGAGAAAUGCUAUUCAGGUACCUACGGACUUGGCCCAGAAGUUUGCCGAUACCCACAGCAUGCCGUUAUUUGAAACCUCUGCCAAAAACCCCAAUGACAAUGACCACGUGGAGGCCAUAUUCAUGACACUGGCUCACAAGCUUAAAAGUCACAAGCCAUUAAUGCUAAGUCAACCCCCAGAUCGCGAUCAAGUACACAUAAAGCCUGAACCCAAACCCGCCAUGACCUGCUGGUGUUAAAUGUCACUAUUUAUUGCUGCCACCUUGUCCCGUGCGCAAACGCUCCACGAUUAUGAUCUCGACGUAGAUCAAGGGUUUGGUAGCAAUUAGAGCAAAUCCCUUUGGCACUUUACUGUGUUGUUUGUUUUUUUUUUUCUGGUGUAGAUGUGCCCAUCUCAUUUUCUCGCGCUUCGUUAUUCUACUUUCUGAAUCUCUGAAGUUUCACUAUAAAUACGCAGGAAAGUAACCUGUCAGAUGAAGCGUUAACAAAGCAAGUCCUCUCGAGCUCUGGCUCUCUGAGAUCGUUUUUGUCACUCGUGGCGGAGUUACAAGUAGUGAGACGGUUUACUAAUGCGUUUGGUUGCUCCCUGCGUUGGGAUAACGUAGGAGGAAAAGUGUUUUGGGACAGCCGGAUGGCUCGACGUGCAGAUCAGCGGGUAGGGAGAUGCGUGACGUCUGAAGGAGUAUUGGAUGCCUGCUAGCAAACUGAGAAGCGAGGGCCUGUUCUUCCUCUUUAAAUAAACAUUUAAAAAGCAGACAGGAUCAUCAGAUUAAGUUUGAGCCGUCGGCGUAAGUGCAAACUGCUGGCUUUGGUGCCCUGUCGUCGCAUGGUAAACUGCUUCUCCGUGGCAGUGGUGGGAGCGUUGAGCAACUUGUCCCUGCCUCUAGGCGAUUAUUUAGUACGUAACACUUCAUUAAUUCGUCAUAAUUAAUUGUACGACUAAUCUGUCCUUAAGGAAAGUCCUGUAGCGCGGGAUGUGGGGGACGAACAGGGACUAGAACUAUCUUCAGCCUCUUUGACCUUAGUGAGAUCUAAAUACUCAACGAGGAUUGGCUUCUAAACGUGCCGGAUUUGAGUUGAGCAAGCCAAGAUAAGUGUAAACGCUUACAAUUAAAAAUAGGAGUUAAUUUUUCAAAGGCGUACUGGGGUUUUCAAAGACGCAGCUUUUGGAGGAUGCUCGGGCUGAUGAGUGCUUCCUAAAUAUCUUGGAAAAGACAGCUGUUUACGAGUUGACGUGAUAACUCGCUGUAGGGAUGAGGACGCCUAGGACAGGCCCUUACUUCGGGUGCCCCUUUCGAUGUACAAAGUCGUGCCUUAUUUAUUGGAAACGUCGAGGCCGCCGUACUGCAAGGAGCCGCGUUGUUCUGUGCCAGCACGCAUGAAGGCUGCUGCGGGUCGGUUUGCAUCGUGAUAAAAACACUGUCAGCCAUUCACAGCAUAGGGAAUAUCGGAUUUUCUUUAACUAGUUUUAAAGGCAAAAAUUAGCUCUUGAAAUACGGGGAAAAAAUGUGCCAAAUAGAUAAAGUGCUACAGAUGUUGUUGGUUACAACACGCCUGCGUCACGGCUGUGAGCUGUGCCUCCGUGGCAUUGCUCACGCGAGUUAGUGAUUCCUCUUGUAGAACCAUCUUCUUCUGCAUUCUCCUCGUUGCCACCAUCUAUUCUGUUCCUUGAAGGUCAGGGUUCAUAACGAAGGUGGUCCUGUGGUGCUAGGUUGCAUAUCGUUACAUAAAGUGAAAUGUAAUCCUUAGAUUUCAAUGUACGACUCCGUAUGCCGUGGUCGAACGAUAUUUUCCGACUUGUUGUUUUUUAAAGCAAUUCAAUGAAAAAUGCAGGUGUUUGAUUUGCAACGUGAAACCCGUCGCGUCGGCUGGAAAUACGGAGCCCAGGGUAGAAGCUGCCAGCUAGAAACAAAGUACUGAAACAAAGUAGCUAAUGCAAUGUGAACUAUGGAAAUUGUAUCAUUGAAUUGCAAGUUAUACCGGUAAAAGGGGAAAUGUAUCCACUCUUUUCUAGGUUUAGAAAAGCAUUCCAUUCGGCCUAAAAGGAUGAGGAUGUUUAAAGGGAGUCUACGCAGAUAAUAUUACUCUUGUCCAAGGGAAGCUGCUACAGUUCUGACUGUAAUGUUGUUGACGCAACACGUGUUAAAGGGAACUUUAGUAUUUGCUCUGAACCGUACGUGACAGAGCUUACGGUCUUUUCAGAAGCAAUCGGCUUUUUGAAACUAGCGUCCUUAAGUUUUUUUGUUUUUUUUUUUGAAAA